AUGGAAGGUGAUCAAGAAACAGUAGGAAGAAUGAAAUUGGGUAGUGAGGGAUUUGAAGUAUCAAAACAAGGACUGGGGUGUGCCGGUAUGUCAGAUUUCUACUGUCACUCAAAACCCGAUUCCGAUAUAAUUAGUCUCAUCCACCAUGCCAUUGAUAAGGGUAUCACUUUCUUUGAUACCGCAGAUAUUACUGGUUUGAAAACUAACGAAGUUUUACUUGGAAAAUCACUUGUUGGUGUAAGAGAUAGAGUUGAAGUGGCUACAAAAUUUGGAAUUAUAUAUGAAGAUGGGAAUUCAGAAAUUCGUGGUGAUCCGGAAUAUGUUAGAGCUUCUUGCGAAGCUAGCUUGAUUAGACUUCAAACUGAUUACAUUGAUCUUUACUAUAUACAUAGAGUUGAUACUACUAUUCCCAUCGAGGUUACGAUGGGGGAACUCAAGAAACUAAUUGAAGAAGGGAAGAUCAAAUACAUAGGACUCUCCGAAGCAUCGGCUUCAACCAUCAGGAGAGCACAUGCUGUUCAUCCAAUAACAGCAGUUCAACCAGAAUGGUCAUUGUGGAGUAGGGAUAUAGAGGAAGAUAUAAUUUCUACAUGCAGAGAACUUGGUAUUGGAAUUGUUCCAUACUGCCUUUUGGGAAGGGGAUUCUUUUCUCUAGGCCCAAAAAUUGUUGACAACCUAGCCGACAACGACUUCCGAAAGGUUCUACCAAGGUUUCAACUGGAGAAUCUUGAGCAGAACAAACAUAUGUUUGACAAAGUACAUGAAAUGGCUGUCAACAAAGGGUGUACACCAUCCCAACUUGCUUUGGCAUGGCUAUAUCAUCAAGGAAACGAUGUUUGCCCAAUUCCAGGCACAACCAAGAUUGAAAACCUCAAUCAAAAUAUUGGAUCUUUAGAGGUGAAACUAACAACAUCAGAAUUGGUGGAAAUGGAUUCUAUUGAUUCCGAAGAUGCAGUGAAGGGUGAUAGAUCCCUACUAGGGAUCCUUGCAACUUGGAAAGCAUCAGAUACUCCUGUCCUCUUGCUAAAGAAAAUGAAUUACAUGCAUCUGUUUCGAUUUCAUUCGGCCGACGUGAACUACCUUGUGUGUGAUCAUGGUGUGUUUCCUUUGUUGUGUGGCUUAUUUUUUUAAUUUCGUCCCAUGUAAUUUGAUAUGGAUUUUCUGCUGGUUACAUUUUAUAUAAUUACUAGUAAAACA